AUGCAGGAGUUCUUUGGGCUGAAGGUGACCAGGAAGAUAGAUGCUGACACCCUGAAUCUGAUGAAGCAGCCCAGAUGCGGGGUGCCCGACGUGGCUCAGUAUGCCGUCGCUGAUAGGACCCUCAGAUGGGAGCACACGCACCUGACCUACAGGAUUGAAAAUUACACACCAGAUUUGCCAAGAGCAGACGUGGACAGUGCCAUUGAGAAAGCCUUUCAACUCUGGAGUAAUGUGUCGCCCCUGACCUUCACCAAGGUCUCUGAGGGGCAAGCGGACAUAAUGAUAUCCUUUGUUCUGGCAGAUCACUACGACAAUUCUCCCUUUGAUGGACCCAACGGAAACCUCGCUCAUGCUUUCCUACCAGGCCCAAAUCUUGGAGGGGAUGCUCAUUUUGAUGAAGAUGAAAGAUGGAACAACGAUUACAGAAAUUACAAUCUGUACCAUGUGGCGGCUCAUGAGUUGGGUCAUUCCCUUGGACUUUCUCAUUCUACUGAUAUCGGGGCUCUGAUGUACCCCAACUACAUGUACGAUGGUCACGUCCAACUCUCCCAGGACGACAUCAAUGCCAUCCAGGCCAUAUACGGACCUUCCCCAAAUCCUGUCCAGCCAACAGGCCCCCAAACACCACGAGUGUGUGAUAGUAACUUAAUCUUUGAUUCUAUCACUACAGUUCGGAGCGAAGUGAUGUUCUUUAAAGAUAGGUUCUACAUGCGCCUAAGUCCCUUCUACCCAGAAGUUGAGCUCAAUUUCAUUUCUACUUUCUGGCCAAACCUGCCAAGUGGACUUCAGGCUGCUUAUGAAUUUGCUGAGAGAGACGAAGUCCGGUUUUUCAAAGGUGAUAAGUACUGGGCUGUUCAGGGGCAGGAAAUGCUGUUCGGAUACCCCAAGGACAUCUACAGAUCCUUUGGCUUCCCUCAAACCGUGAAGAAUAUCGAUGCUGCGGUUUCUGAUGAGGAAACUGGGAAAACAUACUUCUUUGUUGCUAACAAGUACUGGAGGUAUGAUGAAUAUAAACAAUCCAUGGAUGCAGGUUAUCCCAGAAUGAUAGCAGCUGACUUUCCUGGGAUUGGCCAUAAAGUUGAUGCUGUUUUCCAGAAAUAUGGAUUUUUCUAUAUCGUUCAUGGAACAACACAAUACCAAUUUGAUCUUCAAACUAAGAGAAUUCUGAGUAUCGACAAAGCUAAUAGUUGGUUCAGCUGCUGA